GAAAACAGCAGUCACAUGCCAGCUGUGGUCGGCCGAGUUCGCGCUCAAACAUUCACGAGUGUUUUCGUUAAUUUUUGUUUCUUCAUUUGAUUAAUAAAAUACAAUUAAUCAGUUCCCCCCACUGUAAAUAAACAGGACGAAACUGCUGGGGUGGAGAGAGUGACAAAAAAACCGUAAAAAUGUGACGAAAAAUGCUGCGAGUGAUUGGUCCAGCGCGAUGAGACGUAAAAAGUUAUGUCCGGGUGUAUCGAGCGUCAUCAGGCACUGUCCCCGAUGACCGGAUCAACGGUGGGGCAUCUCCAGCCCCAAGUCGAGGAACCUAGACCAUCUAAAACACGGGAUAUCAAUAAAGAAUUGCUGUCACCCCGUCAUCGUCGUAUGCGACAGAGAAUGACACCUGUUCCACCUGAUACCGAGAAGAUCGAUCAACCAAUACAGCUAACACCGGUCUGGGAGCAUGUGGUACGCACGCAACAAUUUCCCCCCGACAUUGACAAGCGCUCGACCUUCACCGAGAUAUCCGAAAGACUGCGCGAUCCAGAGUGGGAAGUGCGUCAGCAUGCGCUCAGAGUUCUAAUUGAUGUCCUACCAACAUUACCAAAGGAACAGCUUGAUAAUAUUCUAUCGCCAGUUGUGCCAGAGCUCACCAAUAACCUGGGACACUUGGCUCCAGCUGUGCGUAAGGGUGCUAUUGAUGCAUUGAGGGUUUACCUUGUCUGCAGUGAGCAGCGCGAGAUAACCGUCAGCAAUCUCCUCCAAAGUGGUUUAUCUCGUCAAGAUCCUCUGGACCCUCUCCAAAUCAGCAUCGCCCAGGGUCUCAUUCUCAGCGCUCCCGCUCUCCUCUACCCUUCCCCAACGACUCCACCCCCCUCUCACAGUCUCUUAUCAGCGACGAUAACAGCUCUGGCUCACCACCUGAUUCAAAUACACCACCAAGAGGCAGCACUGACGUCCCUUCUGAAAAUUCGCGACGCAAUUGGCCCCGACAAUUUUGCCAUCCACCUUUCGGAGCUCAACCCCACUGCCCUCAAGGACUUCCAGGUACUCUGUGAAGUCUGCAAAGUCUCCGAGAGCCCGAAGAAGAAGCGACAUAGGUCGAGGAGUCGAUCGAAAUCCCCCAAAAUUGAGGCGAUCAACGGAAAUGUCAUCGAAAUUGAAACGAAUAUUAUUCAAGGGUAUCAUGAAGGUCAACUCCAGGGUGACUCCGAUGACUUUGAGACUUCGGGAGCAAGAGUCCUGCUGGAGACUGAGAUUAAGUUGAAUGAUGAUACGGCGAUAACGAUGACUAUUUCCGAGGAAAAGGACAGCUUUCGGGAUUCCAAUGAUGAAGUUGACGAUGAAGACGAAGGUCAGGAUGAAGUUGAUGAUGAAUUUGAGUCCAAGGACAUCUGGAUUGAGAGGAGGAAGACGCCGAGGCGGGUUCAUUUCGGUGGGGAAAUUGUUAAGAUGAGGACACCGGACUCCGAUGACUCGGAGGCACUUCAUAUUGAAGUGAAGAAGACAAGGAUUCCCCUUCCGAUAGCGCCGGUAACGAAGUUGCCACUUCACUUGACAAAACCGUCAUCGAAUCCUGGCAGUCCGAAUUUAUCGAGAUCGAGUAAGGUCUCAAGAAGAUCGAGGUCGGCUUCGAUUAGUCCGAAGAGGGAGUUCUACGUUCAUGAUGGAAGUUUAAGUCCAAAGAAAGGAAUUUUGACGAAGAAUAAUAGUCAUUCGAUGACCCGAGUGAAGUCGACUUCUCUUGAUGGGGUGGGGUACUUCAACGGUGAUCUUGAUAAUGUCUUUGGGACGAGGGAGAAUCGAAGUUGGUCGUUUGAGAUUUUUGAGGAUCUCGAUGAUGAUGUUGAUCCCAGGAAGAUUCUCCAUGUGAAUGAUUUGAAGUUGGAGAAGAAGAAGAAGGUGAGGAAGAAGUCAUCCAAGUUGAUUUCACCAAGAAAGGUGGAAAAAUAUGAGGGAAAAAAUUCCGGUGGGAGUCGGGAUGCGAGGAUUGAAGGAGGAAGUGAUGUAUCGAAAAAACUUGAUGAUGAACUUCACAACGCGAAGUUACAAUCAUCGAAAUUCACGACAGGGAAAACAUUGGAAGAGCCUGGAAGCAAAAAUCUGGAAAAAAAUAAGGGUGUGACAGGGGAAAGGGCUGAAAUGACAGAUAAACUUCAUGAUGAACUUCGUACGAUGAAGUUGGAAUCAUCAAUACUGACUUCACCCAGAAAAUCGGAGGGUACAGCAAAUGGUAAUGCCGGGAAAAAUGUAGAGGUGAAAAUUGAAAAUGAAAUCUCGAAUAAACGUUUCGAUGAACUUCAUAAACCGAAGUUGAAGUUAUCAAAAUCAGUUGCGUUGAAAAAAUCCGAAAAAAAUGAGGAGAACAUUAACAGAAAAAUACCGGACAUGAGAAUUGACAGGAAUGAAAAUUCAAGUGAACUUGAUCAUCAACUUCAUAAUGAACUUCACUUGACCGGAAACUUAGCAAUCGACAAUUGCGAUAUGGAUAAUCGAAAUUUAUCGAGAUGUUCGAGCUCAACUUCACUUCAAUUAACAUCAUUUGAAAAUUCAAUUGACAGUGAUACGAAAAAAAAAUCAUUACUGACAAAGAAUUCACCCAGAAAGACAGUUUACGAAAGUUUUCCAAGAAAGGAGAGAAAUUAUAUUCUCAUGGAACUAUCGAGUCCUGUUAAAAUGAGUUCGAGAAGUCGUGACGUCUCGCCUGAGGGGGUAAGUGAACUGAGGGUAGUUGGUGAGGGGGAGAUGAAAGAGUUUGAGGGCAAAAGUUUUGAGGAAAAGAGUGGAGAGGGAGAGGGCAAGGGCGAGGCUAAUUGGGAGGAUCUCGGACUCGUCACUCAGGAUGUUCUUGAUGAUCUCCACAACAAGGAGGACUGGAGGGCGCGAGUGAGAGGGCUGGAGAGGGUUGCAUCAGCCCUGAGAACGUCCUCUGCGCUCAUUGCCAUUGAACCCCGACUUGGAUCCCUUCUCCAAGCGGUUCUUGGAGGCGAACGGAGUUGCAGGGUGGCUGCUGCCGCCAUGUCUGUUGCUAGGGUGGUGAUAGCUGGAGUCUCGGAGGAGUCACUUAGACGGCGACUUCCUCAAGUGGCUUGGGGUCUGAGCAGGCAAGGGGGUCCAAGCGCUGCUCAACUAGCUAGACUAGCGAUGCUCCGUCUUCGGCCAGCCCUUUUCCUCGAGCAACUCCUCCAGCCCCACUGCAUCGACGCCAGAAAUGCCAAGACGCGAGAGAACGCCCUGCAGCUUUUGAUCUUCUCCCUCGUAACAUUUCCGAGUACGGAAUUUAAAGUGGAAAACGUUGCUAACAAAGUGGCACUGAUGGUCGGCGACAGAAGAAGAAGAGUGAGACAAGCUGCCCUGGAUACACUGGCCGUACUUGCACAAAUUUACGAGCCCGAGGAGGUACUGCAAGCGGGUAAUAGAGCUGCCAAACAGCUCAGAGAGGGCACGGAUAUGGUGGCAGCUAUCAGGGCUAGACUUGCGAGAAAAUCAUUGCCCAUGGUUUCGGCUGAUGGACUUGUUGUUUAUGGAUUGCAAAUUUCACCGACUGUACAGAUUGCCACGGGGCCUGAUGUCGACUGGAUCGUUGCUGGCAGUGGCUCAGUAUCUCCAGGAACUGGGAGAGCGAGGGGACAAGUGAUACCCCCCAACGUCAAGGGCGGCCUCGAUAAAAAUAAGAAUGAACAAGGGAAAAGUUCCCCAUCAUUGAGACCGAAUUUUAUCGCCCAGGGAGUCUCUCUGCAUUCGAAAAACGAACGCCCAGUGGGCUGGCAAUUCGUUCCACCAGACAAAGAGGGAAAUAAUUCGUCUCAGGAUAUUGAGGACGACUACAGGAACGAGUCGCCAAUAUCUAUCGAAUCAAGUAGUGUAAGAUCUCGAUACUCCGACACGUACAGUCCAUUCCUCUCGCCCUCAGACACCCCUGGAGACAUUUGUCCAGAGCCCCUGAACUCCUCACUCCUCAAGAACGACAAGGACGUCAUCAUGAAGCAGAGGAAGACUGAGGAAAACUUUCACCGGAGAAUGGAUCAGAUUUACGCCGAGCGGAGGGAUGAUGUGAGGCUUGAGUCAAGAAUACCUCUCCCCCAGUUCAUGGAUCGGCACAUUGUUGUUAGGCACAGCACUGCUUAUCAACGACGACGACGUCAAGAGGCCGAGGAGGCUCCACCCUCGUCUGCACCACACACGUCUGCUGGACCGGGGUGUGGAGCUACCAGGGAGCCUGAAAUAUCCAGGAGAUACAGAAGUGAUAGAAUAAAAUUUUCAUCGCGACCAGCCUCCGAAGACCGUUCCCGAGCAUCCCAUCAGGGGAAUUCACCAAUUCGAGAAGGGUUCGAGUCACUGUACCGUAACGGGAGACGAAGGAGCGUUGUGAGAAGUUCACUGGAGCCUGAAGAAGCUGUUACUACCUCAGUCGAAUCGAGGCGCAACAGUUCAUCGCAUUCAGGAUCGAUGCACCCGGUAUUUUCACAGGUUCAAGCGACUGACCCGAGAGCUCCCCGUUCGCGCACCCCCACGACCCCGAGAGAAAAAACAAAUGCAGACGAUGAAGAUAAUGAAAUAAAUCGUUACACGCCGCAGUCAAAUUCUUAUCACAUCGAGGCGCCCAGUGGUCAGACCUCUCGGUGCUCAGGUACCGAUCAUGUGCCUUACGGUACAUCGAGUGACUCGUCCAAUGCUGGAGUGGAUCAGAGUGAGACUGAAACGAGAAUCAUCGAUAAUGGCAGCGACGAGUGUAAUGAGGGCGAUGAUACAUUCGAGGAAAAGUCAUUUGAUGUCAUCACUGAUUCCACAAAUCCAUCGAAACACAAUUUAAUAGAUCAGGUGCCGUUAACCAUUUUAUCGAGUGAAGCGGACUCGACGGACCAGGAAAAGGAUAGUUGGGAAAAAUCGGGGGGCUCUAAUGAUAGUGACGAGAGGGUUGAGCCAGUGAGACUGGUGAGGUCUGCCUCCUCAGUUGUCUCGAAUGAGACUAACUCGACGGACUCCACGACUAGGAUAAGUGGCAGUCCAGUGCGUACUGAUGGGAUCAAGGGGAUUGCCUUUGAUCAGCAGAGCGUUGGCACUGACACAGGGGAUGCCCCGGACAUAUCAUUAGAAUUUGAUCGAGGAUAUUCGACCGAAGUGAAGAUAGAUAUUGAGUCGAGGGCAAGGGCUUCCAUUCAUCCAGAGACAAAGACACAUUUCCAGCAGACGGAAUCCCGAGAAAUAAGUCCAGACGGACGAUCAUCAUCAGUGGAAAAUGACAAGAUCACCAGUGCUGUUAAUUCUCUAUCAAUAAUCGUUGCUUCACGUCCCCAUUCACGUGCCACUACAGCUGAGUAUCGAGAGCCUGAGUUUCAGCCACUUGACUACCGUCAACCGCACGCCGACGAAACCACCACUUCCGCUUCAAUUUUUCAAGUUUCACGUACCUUCGAGGGGACUGAGUCCAUUGACGUCACUACCGAGCAAGUUACAGUGGCAAGGAGCGAGAGUUUCACGGAGCUUCCAAAGAGCGAGGACAUUCACGUUGUUACGAUCAGCAAAGUCCAGCGUCAGACGACGCCCCAGAGUGAGAACGGAGUGCUUCAGGAUGUCGUUAAAAUCCACGAGAUUGAAACCACCAAGAGAUUACCAUCCCGAGUUCCUCGGAGUCGUAUGAAAUCACGUCCUGGUGUCAACAAAAUUACACCUUUUGGUAGUCAUGCGGACAAGACACCAGCAAGAUCUAAGCCAGUUACCCUGCAGUGUAUUUCGCAGUUGGAAAGCAGUGACUGGGAAACAACAAUUAGGGGAUUAAAGUCUCUAUCAACAAUAGCUCGACAACAGCCUGAUCAGUUAGAUAGCUGUCCCCCGGGCACUGUUGGUCGCCUAUUAGGCCGGCAUGUCAGAAACCUGCGCUCUCAGGUGGCUCGAACUGCAUGUCUCGCCGCUGGCGACGUCUUCGGCUCCCAGGCUCGCUGUAUCGAUCAGGACCUUGACGACAUUGCGGGCCCCCUUCUGCAGAGAACAGCCGACACAAACAAAUUCCUCAGGGCUGACAGCAACUCAGCUCUCGAUCGCAUGAUCGAACACAUUCCACCUCAUAAAACAAUCACGGUUAUUGUUCACCGUGGUGCCAGUCAUCAGAAUGCAGUCGUGCGUGCCGCCGCUGCCAGGCUAUUGGCCUCGGUUGUCGAUCGAGUUGGGGCUGAUGUGGUGAUGUCUUUGCCGAGGGAGGUGAGGGAUAAAUGCCUUGGGGCUGGGGCCAAACUAUUGGGGGAUGGAAAUUUAGAAGCAAGAAAUCACGCAAAAUCAAUGUUCAAAAGACUCUCCAGGUGUGAUGGAUUCCGUCGCGCCCUAACGGAUGCCGUACCCGAGGCGACCCUGCGUCACAUCGACAAAACCCUCCGAUCCCUCUAAUCCCCAUAACUGAAGGGAAAUUAACAAAAUGUCAAUAAAGCUCAAAUCACAAAAAAAAUACUGAAAGUCUGCAGCGCCUCAAGCCCCAACAAUUUUCCACUCCGAAUAGCGAAAAAAAAAUCCUGAAUGAGAGAGCAGACGAGAUAUGCAACAGCUUGAAGCGAAACCCCAUUUUUCAUCUUUUUAUUACGUAACCCGAUUAUUUAUAAAUAAUCGACGAAUCCGUCCAAUUUUUGUAAUGAAAAUUGCAUCACAUUUUGUAAUACUGUUUCAUCAACCUCUUUGAAGACAGUCAUUUAUAUUUAUACACGCGAUUGUGUGACAUGUAUAGUUGUUUACGAAAACAAGAAAUGAAAUGAAAUAAAUGCAAUUGAAAAUAUAAAAAAGGAGGAUUUAAAUAUUUCACAUUUUUAUUAACAUCUUAUCACAAUGACCACUUAAAUAAAAAAAAAACAUCACUCUCCCUAAAUACUAAACAAAAAUAAAAUCAGAUAUAAAUUCACAACUCGAAAAGUUUUCCAGUAAAUUGAAUAUUAAAAUUACUCGACGAGUUUAUCGCUAAUUAAUAUCAUUUUCAAUCGAUCAAC